GCGCCGAGCAGGAUGCUCUCGCAAGCCCUGGACUCUCGAAGGCGGGCCAUGACAACGUCGCAGAACCUGCGAUUGGAAGGAUGAUGAUCUCACGUUUUAGCAGAGCAUUCCUCUUCAUUGUCGUACUUCUCUUUUUCAUUGGGUCUAUCGCGCUGUUGCACCCGCCCUCGCGCUCCUACGUCGAUCCAUGGACCGGUAACCUGUUCGGCGAGGGAGGAGUCGAGAAGGACCUUCGUGUCCCGCCACCGAGCAAUCCGGAGAGCGUUCACGGUGGUGUCAUAAUGCCGAAGCUCGGGAAUGCUACUGCGAAGGCGGAGCUUGGGCGAGCGACUUGGAAGCUACUGCACACUAUGACAUUGCGAUAUCCUGAGAGUCCAACACAAGACCAGCGAGAUGCACUGGAUAAUUACUUCCACAUCUUCUCACGACUGUACCCUUGCGGCGAAUGCGCGGGCGAGUUCCAGAAGCUCUUGCGCAAGUAUCCUCCACAGACAUCUUCACGACGCGCAGCGGCGACGUGGCUCUGCUUCGUCCACAAUCAAGUGAACGCGCGCCUACACAAGCCCGAGUUCGACUGCGCCAAUUUGGACGCCACGUACGACUGUGGAUGUGGCGACGAGCCCGUAGGCGCAUCCUCCCCGCCUGCUCGUGCCGAGAACGAUCCGAUGGACCUGGAGAACGACCUCAGUAAAGAUGGAAUCACCGGGGUGGGGAUGAUCAAGGGUGGAUGAUAGCUCGCUGCGUUCACCGCUUCUACAAGUAAUAUAUCCAGCUGGCUAUCUGGCAGGUCCUGCUUGACACCGAAUGGCACGGCAACGUGCAGGACAU